CCAUGACCCCGCGUGAUUUUGGGCCAGUUAACAAGCCUUGCGCUCAUGCGCCCUGUCCAUCUCAAAAAACAAAGAUGAGUAACUAACAUGGCGGAGAUGGCGGACGGUGUGGCGGGGAUUUCAAAUACUUCUGAAGGGUCAACACCAUUGCAGCUUCAAACACCAGACACAAGAAACACUCCGAGUGCUUCAUGUGCUAAUCAAAAGUAUACGCCAACAUCUCGUAAAAGAUCAUGUGGGCUACGAAGACUGUCAUCACCAUUUGUUUCUCCAGUGAUGGAGCGCUGUUUUGCUUCUGGUAAUCAGGAAAAUUUUGAUACACCAAAAAGAUGUAGAUACAAUAACAGUCAAGAUCGCAAUGAGAUUCCAAGCCCUAAGGAAACUGGGCCAGCCUUACACAAGCUUCUGACUGAGAAAAAAGAUUUAAUCAAAAUGAUACAAGAAAGAGAAGACUCCUUGAGAAAACUAAAUCUUGUCAAAAUGUGUAGAAAUAAGAAUGACCUCAAGGAGCUGAAAUGUUUGAUAGACAAGUGGAGGAGAGUAAGCCAGGAAGCUGCAGAGAGACUUUUGGAAAAAAUACAACUGGAUCCCAAGCCUACGAUGAGUCAACUGUUGUUGAACUUGCAAGUGGAUAGAGAAAUUAUUCAUUACUCUGGGGAUAAUGAAGCAUUCUAUUGAGACUGAAAUAUGGGUAUAAAAUUAUGUUAAUCAACAAUGACCUGCCUGAUCACCUUCUAUUCUACUGCUGUCCCAAAUGAUGAUGCAGUUGAUAAUUGCAAGCUCUGAUAUUUAACUUUCUAGAAUAACACUACUUUAAGGACUCACUUGAAUUCUCAUCAUGAAAUUAAUCUUGGAUAGUUUUGUUUUUGCUCUUUGAUUGUUCAUUAAACUUGGGGCCACAUUCUCAGCAAUCAGAUUGAAGACUAAAAAACCAGUCACAAUACUUACUUUAUUCCUUGUUCAAACAAUCAGUGACCUGUUUACCUAUGGUCUAGAUGGUUAUUGCAAAUACAGUCAGCUCACUUUAGCAAUCACCCUUUCAUGUAGGGGGUGGUCACCUAAGAGACACAUCAAUACCAAAGCAAGAAAAUAAUUUAACCCAUUAACCCGCAGAAGUGAUUAAUAACUUCUCCUUAUAAUAUUCCUACAUUAUCUUAC